AUGGCUCGGAAAAAGUUUUUGAAUUUGCAUGAUGAGGAUGAGAAUGAUGAACAUCAUGAUGAUUCAUUGAAUGGAAUAGAUCAGCAACAACAACAAAAUGAUGAACAAGCCUCUGACAUUCAUGAAAAUUCUUCCUCUUCUCAACAGAAACGUCGUUUAACGAACAACUCAACAACAACAAACCGAAUGCGAGAACAACCUCCUAAUAAGAAGAAUAAUCACCAACAACAAUAUGAAUUAGAGGAAUUAGGGAAUAAUGAGGAAGAGUCUACUCGCAAUGGAAAUUUAGUCAUGGAGGAUGAUGAUGCAGCAAUAGCACAUAUGAAUCAUCAUCGCCAUAUUCCUCCUUAUUAUACCUCCAAUACGUUAAAUACACCCUCCGAAGAGGAUCGAGGACUUGUGCCCAAUGACCAUGCACCUCCAGCAACAUCACCAGAGGAAGAAACAAACAAUGCUACUGCUCAUGAAGCAACACCUCUUCCCAUGAAACAAUUAUCCAUUGUGUUUUUCAUCUAUUUGGUGGAUAGUUUAAGUUUGACUGCAAUUUUUGCGUAUAUUGGAUUCAUGGUCGAAGAUUUCCAUAUCGUCGAUGAUCCUCAAAAAUUGGGUUAUUUUGCUGGCCUCAUUGCCUCCUCUUAUUAUCUCUCUCAAUUGUUUUCUAGUUUCUUUUGGGGUUAUUUGAGUGAUAUUGUUGGAAGAAGACCUAUUUUAUUAAUUGGUGUGACGCUUGGCUCGCUGUCAUGCUGUCUUUUUGGUUUCAGCAAAUGGCUAUGGUGGGCUAUUCUUUCUCGUUUCUUGUUUGGUUUGUUGAAUGGUAAUUUGGGAGUGACAAAGAGUUAUUUAACAGAAAUUACAGAUGGUACCAAUCGAGGUAAAGCAUUUAGUAUUGUUGGUGUCACAUUUGGUUUGGCAGCUGUUUUGGGUCCGCUCAUUGGUGGCGUAUUUUCUAGACCAAACAUCCAAUAUCCAGAAUUUAUGAAAUUAUUUCCAGAAUGGGUUCAAUAUUGGUGUGAUGUAUUUCCUUACAUCAUUCCCAACGUUAUGGUGACAAUUUUGGGCUUAAUUUCUGUAGUGCUAGGUUAUUUCUUUUUAGAAGAAACUAACAAGGAGAGUAAAUACUACAAGAAAUACGUUCUGAAACAAACAGGAAACACUGCCUCAAAGGAUUUAGAGGCUUCCUCAUCACAAAAAUCAAAAUCCUUAGCUGCUGCUGUUGAUACUGAUGACGAAGCAGCCAUUCGACCAAAAAGAAAAAUUAAUUGGCGAGAAAUAUUCAAGCAUGAAAUAUUUGAGGGAAUUUCACCCCUUGUGAGUUGUUUCUUGUACAUGUUGGUCGGUUUUGCUCAAGUCAUGUUUGAUGAAGUUUUCCCUUUGUAUGCCAUGUUACCCGUGAAAGAUAAUGGUUUGAAUUUCACACCCUAUGAAAUUGGUAUCGUUGGAGCAAUCACUGGAGGUUUCAUUUUCCUUAAUCAAUUAAUAUUUGUGCCGCUCCUAAUGUCACGGCUUGGAGCUAUUAACGCAUUCCGUGUUGGUCUACUCAUUCACACAUUUUCUCUCGUUGUUUUCCCAGAAGUUUGUUGGUUUGGAAAUGACCCUGAAAAUCCACAAGUUUGGAAGAGUGUGAUUUUGUGGACAUCUUUGAGUAUUAUUUUGUUGGUAAGACAAAUUGGAGUUGGUCUCAUGUUCUCGUGCUCUUUUGUUUUCACAUCCAAUUCAGUGACAAACAAGAGCCAAGGUGUGUUGAAUGGUGUUGCUCAAUCCUUGAUUUCAAUUGCGAGAAUGGUUGGUCCGCUAUUAAUUGGAGUGAGUUUUGCAGCAAUUGUUUCGAGUGGUAUUGGAUUUCCAAUCGAUCAUCGUUUGGUAUUUUACUUUAUUGGAGGAACGAGUGUAUUUUCAUUUGCAAUGACAUUUGCCAUGAAGAAGAAACUGAACGUUCCAAAAGAUGAAUUAUUGAGGUUAAUGAAUGAAAAGGGUCUACCACUCGAGGAAGCCUAUCACAUGCUAUUCAAGAGAAAGGCUGCAGUUCAACACGCUGCAAUGGAAUAG